UAAAUGCUUAACUACUUAAGGGUUUCACAUUCUUUUACUGUGGAGGAGGAGGUUCUUUGUGAGCUACCUGGACAGCUGUGGGAUUUUAUAUGUCCGUUUGUAAAUGUAAAGUUGAGUGUCAUGUAAUCUCAAGUGAGAGAUUACAUUGUACAUUUAAAGAUUUGGCCAGUUAUUACAACAGUCGCAACCAUCUCUUUUUUGUCACAGUUUAGAGCCCAGCAGCUAGAAGUGCUCUGUCAUCGAUUCAUUCAGUCCCUCUCGCUCUUAAUACCCUACAGAGCUGUGAAAAUUUUCAGGGUUCGUGGUUUAUAACAGUACUCUCAGCUUGGGCAGUUUCUGUAAAUUUUUAAUUUCUCCUCUCACUCUCCCCUUUCCUGAGUGCUGGCAGAGAUCUGAACAAAUAGCCUGCUGUGGUUUGCCCUCCAGAGGACAGCGUUAAACAGGUGAAGCCGAACACUGCUCUCAUUAGUUACAGAUGCAGUCACCUGCCACCCACCAGAGACUGACUCCAGAAUACUGAAAACUUCCGCAGCUAUUUCUGCUCACAAUCCGGAGACACUUGAGGAAUGGCUCAGACUAUGUGACUGAAUUUUGAGCAUCUGCUCACAUGAACCAAUCAUGGCCAGCAUGGUAUCUCAGCUCCUUGGCUUCUUCUUAGGGAUCCUGGGGUUUGUGGGAACAGCAGUUGCGACUCUGCUUCCCCAGUGGCGCGGCACAACCUUUAUGAGCUCUAACAUCAUCACAGCCACUUCCUACAUGAAAGGCCUGUGGAUGGAGUGUGUGUGGCACAGCACUGGUAUUUACCAGUGUGAGCUGUACAGAUCUCUCCUGGCACUGCCACCUGACCUACAGGCAGCCCGGGCACUGAUGGUGCUCUCCUGCGUCACCUCAGUCCUUGCAUCUCUGGUGUCUGUGAUGGGGAUGAAGUGUACCCGCUUUGUCCACAGCCCGCUGAUGAAGUCUCUGCUGGCACUGAGUGGGGGGAUUUGUUUUCUCUGUGCUGGCCUGCUCUGCCUGGUCACUGUGUCCUGGACCACCAACGAUGUCAUGAUGGAUUUCUAUGACCCCUUCCUUCCCCUUGGGUUGAAGUAUGAGAUUGGCCUGGCUGUGUACCUUGGCUACGCCUCAGCCUGCCUCAAUCUGACCGGAGGAAUGGUGCUGUGCUGGAGCAGCAGUGGUGACAGGUCUCGGUGUCCCUCCCAUAUGGAUAGGAAUCAAUCACCUCCCCCUGCAUUCAACAACAUAUAUCCCCCUACUCCACUAUACAAGUCCUCUGAUGCCCAGAAGGACAAUCAUGCUCCUUCUAUUUGUGCCCCUUCCAGCAGUGGCUACAGGCUCAAUAACUAUGUCUAAGACUGGGCGUGA